GUGUCGUCCGUGGCAACCUUCCCAAAUCCCCCCCCCUAACAUUUCACUCGCGAUGCACCCUUGGACAAGUUCACGGGUCGCAGUCUCACCAGAAGAGGGCAUUCAGAUUCUGCCUGACAAAGUUGCCUUGACAUGCAGACGUGAUUAACAACAGCGUCAUGCUGCAUUUCAAACCGACCCACAGCGAGAAUGUAAGGAGGAUUUUGACAGAAAAGGUGGAUAUUUGGAUGUUUGAUUAUUCCGCGAGACUCGUCGGCUGCGUUUCACAGAGACUUGUGGAUAACCGACCCUUACUUUCCUCUGUGCGCCAUCCGCGGAUCAGACUGAGCAUCCUUGAGAAUAGAGACGCCAGGGUUUUACUUGGGAGAGGAAUCUAACGGGCUGCUGGACUCGCGUGGAAAAUAACGCCCUGUGUUUUUGCAUCAUGCCACCGUGUUUGUGAAGUUUCGAGACAGGAUUUGAUCACGGAUCCUUCAUGCGCAUGUAAGACUGACGCGAAUUACUUGGAUGUGGCUUCGUUAUUGUCUGCGCGUACUGCAGUGCUCUUUUUGGCUGUAACUUGAAAAAAAAGAGGACGAUUCCUUCGCUGCGAAGACAUGGAUAGGGAGUUGUAAAACGGAUUUUUGCGUCUUUUAAUCUGGAGUUGGAAGUAAAUGGUAUUCGCCCCGUUUCAGCUGUACGGUUAUAGAUGCAGAACUUAACUGGAUAGCACAUCCAGGUCCGGGAGAGUAAAGGGCAGGUGCGCUUUGGAGUCGGCGGCUGCGCGGAGAGACCGGGCUAGUGGAUUAGGACGGUACCUGUCUGUGGAGAGCGCGUCAUGCGGACUCGGAUGUCGCGCACCACAAGCCAUUAAAACCUGUAGGCUGGAGCUGACAGAUAAGCCGAUAUGGGCUCUGCUCUGCGGCGUCGCUGGCUAGUGGUCCAACUCCUGAUGCAGGUGUGGCUGGCGGCAAAUCCAUCUUUGAGUGAGCGCCCAUGCCCCAAGAGCUGUCGCUGUGAUGGAAAAAUUGUCUACUGUGAGUCAAGCGCCUUUCGCGAUGUCCCCAAGAACCUCUCAGGAGGCUGUGAAGGCCUGUCUUUACGGUACAACAGCCUCGCCAGUCUUCGCGCAGGCCAGUUUGUAGGACUCAACCACCUCAUCUGGCUUUACUUGGACCACAAUUACAUUGCCUCUGUGGAUGGAAUGGCCUUUCAGGGGGUCCGCAGACUCAAAGAGCUGAUCCUAAGUUCCAACAAGAUCACGUCGCUUCACAAUACCACAUUUCACCCUGUCCCUAAUUUGCGUAAUCUGGACCUGUCGUACAACAAACUGCAGGCCUUGCAGCCAGGGCAGUUCCAGGGCCUAAGGAAGCUUCUCAGCCUUCACAUACGUUCAAACUCUCUAAAAACCGUCCCAAUGCGUCUGUUCCAAGAUUGCAGAAAUCUUGAGUUCCUGGAUCUGGGUUACAACCGCCUGCGCAGUAUCACUCGGAAUGCAUUUUCGGGCCUAGUAAAGCUCACUGAACUGCAUCUGGAGCAUAACCAGUUCUCAAAAAUCAAUUUCUCCCACUUCCCACGCCUCUACAAUCUGCGGGCACUUUACCUGCAGUGGAAUCGCAUUCGCUCAAUGAACCAGGGCCUGACCUGGACCUGGGCCUCCAUCCAGAAACUGGAUCUGUCUGGAAAUGAUCUGAUGGAAGUGGAUGCUGCAGUUUACCAAUGCCUACCCAACCUGCAGACCCUCAAUCUGGACUCCAACAAGCUGAACAAUGUCUCCCAGGAGGUGGUUGAUGCCUGGAUAUCUUUGACUAUGAUUAGCUUAGCUGGUAAUGUAUGGGACUGUGGCCCUGCCAUCUGUCCUCUGGUGGCCUGGCUAAGAAAAUUCAGAGGGGCAAAGGAGACCACCAUGAUCUGUGCCUCCCCCAAGAAAGCCCAGGGUGAGAAAGUGAUGGAUGCUGUCGAAGCUUUUGGUGUUUGUCAAUCAAACCCAGCGACAACACUCACCGUGAGUAUUCCUCCAAGCCCAUCCAGCGUCCCUGUGCAGACUGAACGCCAACCAGCCAUUCUGGCUUUACCCACCGGUUCUGAAAAGAGAGGCGAGGGGUCUAUCAGAGGCCCCACAUUGUCAGUUGUUACCCCACCUGUGGCACUUCCCCCAGAGCAAGACUUGGAGCCUGUGUCCUUCCAUAAGAUUGUGGCUGGAAGCGUGGCCCUUUUUCUAUCUGUCGCGAUGAUCCUGUUGGUAAUCUACGUGUCUUGGAAGCGCUAUCCUAGCAGUGUCAAGCAGCUGCAGGAGCAUUCGGCAGCAGCCCGCAAACGCCGCAAGAAAGCUAGAGAGACGGAGCGCACCCUGAGUUCUCCACUGCAGGAGUACUAUGUGGACUACAAGCCCACCAAUUCUGAGGCCAUGGACGUGCUUGUGAAUGGGACCGGACCCUGCACCUAUACCAUCUCAGGCUCCCGAGAAUGCGAGGUCCCCCACCAGUUGGGUGCGCUGACCUUCUACCGCUAUGAGCAGCCUAUCGUAGACUACUGCCAGGCCCAUCAACCCCUGCGGCUCAACAUGGGCUACGAGGGACCCCCACAGGGCCUGGAGGGCCUGGAGGACCUUGGCCCGUGCGAUAGGGGUACUAUACAGACAGUGGCGCUGCCGGCCGUGCCCUCUGCCACCAUCAUGGGUGCCCCUGUGCCAGGGCCUCGCUCUCCUCCCCCCCCCCUCAGACCACCGACUGAAGGUCCCAGCAGUGGUCCAUUCCCUCCCGCCGAACGCACUGGCACACUCAAAUUCGGACGCUAGCGAGCCGAGUCUGGUUGUGAGAAGUGGGGCAAGGGCCUCUGAUUCACCGUGACUUUGUAAUGAAGGGGCAGGCAUGCUGGUUAUUCAGUGGGGCCUUGUUUUCAGAACAAGAGUAUGUGAACUAAAGGACAACAUUUUUUUUCUAAUUCUGCCUGGAGGGAUAUGGCAUAUGAAACACAUAGUCUCCCUAAUAUACACUAAAGGGGAGACAUCCUUGAAGAUCAUUUUCAUUUCUUUUUUCCCAAAGCACCUCAUAUAAAACUUGUUUCCACUGAAUCCUGGGAGAAAAUCCAGCAUAUGACAAAAAGUAUUACCUUGUUUCCAAAUCUGUUUUUUUGCCAUAUCCCAUCAUGGGGCACUGGUUCUCAGCAGUCCACGUGCACUGAGUCAGGAGUGAAAGGGAAAGUGCAAUAAACACGAGUUCUCGAUCACAAAAAGUGAGAGCAGUAACAUAAAACAUAAAAGAGAUGGAGCUGGGUAUCAUGUGAAGAGCAAGGGGCUUCUUACUGUGAUUACUAUUACAAUAUUUAGUCAGUACUUGUUAACAAAGGCAAAUCCAUAUCAUUAUUUCAUACAGGUGAGUCAUUCUCUCAAGACAAUUUCAUAGAAUUUAUCUUUGUCUUACUUUCUGUUGUUUUUUUUUUUAGAUGUGGGACUUCAUGCUGAAUUCCAUUAAUGUGCAUGUAAAACCAAAGAGUUUACUUGUAUUUUUCCUUUUAUGCACAUAAGCUAUUUUAGCUGAGGGCAUUCUUAAAAUGCCCAUUGGUCUACUAAACUGGCCUCUGCCAACUCACAUUCACAAUUACAAACAAAUCCCCUGGUAGUUUCAGAUGAACUGGGCUUGUCUUUUCAGAUUAGCAAAUUAACCAUGCGAUACAUACGUACAAAGUGAGGAAGUGAAAAUGAAAUUUCAUUUUUUAAGAUAUUUAUCAUAAUGAUUACCUGGUCCUCCCAACAUCAAUUUAGUUGUCAUCAUUCAUAAUCUUGGUGACGCUAUGCAUAGCAACAUCUACACAAACACUUUAGAAGAGAUAUUAUGGCAUGUUCCAUAAACUCCUUCCACAUACAGAGGCCCUUUUCACAGCAGAAUGACAGGUCUUUGUAUAUGAUUAUAUCCCAGCUGAAUGAUUCACUAUGCUUUAAAGAGGUAAUCAUGGGGAAUUUAUGUGGUGAAAUAAGUACAUUUGAAUGCAAAGUAUUGUACAUAUUCUUACGAAAGGUCCACUUUACUAAAGGUCAAACCACUCUCACUGCCCCAAACAGUCAUUUGAAAAAAUUGUUGAGUCAAUGUUUGACUUUGAUCACACUGGACAAUUUGGAGAGCACCGACUUGCUGGGUUUGGCAAAGCUCCCAUCUCCCCUCCACCACAGAGAACAACAGUGGCUAGUGGGGACAUGUUGAACCAGCACCUUGACUUCUCUUUCACCUGCGUAUGAACCCAUGGACUGUACUGGGAAUAUUGCCUGACAUCUUUAUUUUUUUUUACCAGAAAAACUGUGCCUGCAGUGCUGGACUUUAUUGCACUUGGUAACCCUUUGGCCGGCGUGUCGAGCAUUCUUUCUCACUGACUUGUGGAGCUGAUGAUGACUUCAGAUAUGGCUGUGAUGGACUGUCAAAUAUCAUAUCUGGCUUAAUCCAAACAGUGCACCUGGGGCCGUUUUCUACAUGUCAGUGGUCAUACUCGGGGGAGUUGUGGAAACUGUGCUUGGUCUCCCCACUGCGCAACUGAUUGGUCCGCAGAGGAAAUUGCAAGGGGCCAAAAAAUUCCCCGGAAUGUGUGUGUAUCUUCAAGAUAAAAGAACGAAAUCUUUCUUUUAUUAUUUUGUCUUUUUGGCUUGGAACAUAAAGAGGUGUUCAAAGAUGAUGUCAAGAAAUUCUAUAAGACUAAUCAAAGGACAAAAAUCGAAUAGAACUUAUUUAUCGUGUAAAUAGUGAAUCUUUAAAGAUGAGAAAAAAAAAAAAAAAGUAUGAACUUCACUUCUUCUGAAACACAAACUGCUUGUGAACAGAAGAGGAGCCUUAUUCACUCUCCAGUGGGAAUCUGUUACCAAGAUAACUCGGUGAAGAGGUUCCUACUGUAACGCUCCUGUUGUUUCAAUGAUGAAUAUUUUUCUAUCUGCUCCCGCCACUAUUCUACCAUUAAACACACAUUAUGUUACCGAGGUAAUUUCUCAAAUCCAAUAAUUUUACUGAAUCACUGGAAGAUUGGGAGCCUUGUUAUUAUGAUAUAGUUCAAGUGUCAAACCUCAUAGAGAGCCACAUUUUCUGUUCUGACUUCAGACGUGUUUCAUCUUGCAGGAGGUGGCCGUUCCAUUGUGUUGUUAGGUACAUCCCGGUCCACUCCUCAUGUUUAAGAAAUCCACAACGAUCUGCCAUUUCAAGGUCUACUCGGGGAGAAGAAGUGUGCUAUUCUUUAUACCAAGAGUUUAACUUGGGAAGUUCUUUUUGAUGUGCCAUUAUUUUGUUAAAUGUUUUACCAAAAAACCAGCCCUAAAACAACAAGUGACCCAAAAGUCUUCAUGGUUUCACAACUAAGAAGGGUUCAGACCCCCUUCAUGUACAGAACAUUGCAUAAAAAGCAGUUGAUUCGCUGAGUACAGUUGCUUAAUAGUGCUGGUGGAGUUUACUUUGUAAUAGCAGCUGUGCCAAUGUCUUUAUAAUGGGAGCGCUCUCAAUUUUAUCCAUGUAUUGUCUUGCCUUGCUCUAUAUCACCCCUGCUAACUCCUUGGCCUGAAUUUCAUGUCUGCCUCUGGGUGACUCGGGUUAACCUAUUUGAUGAUGUUCUAUUUCUGUCCGCAUGCUGAUAUUUUGGGAAACUCUGCCCAGUUAGGGAGGAGCGCUGAACCAGAGACAAACAGUUUGGGGGAUAUUUCCUGUCUGGAGUGCCCUACAACCAGCAGCACGUGUCAUGGACAACUUCACUGUUUUUUAAAGCAAUCCUUGCCCCCUGUCUCACCUGAAGUAGAAUUCCCUGGCACGACAUAGUCUGUUAAACAGAGGAAGAGGCCUGUGCUGGGCACUCACUCCAGGGACAGGCUUUCCCUUUAAUAGUCUCCUGCUAUAGCCCAGGACCCCAUAUGUAGUAAUUACUACAGCGAUAAUGGUUCAAUUCAGUGUAAACACACUGAUCAAAGCUACUUUGCCCUUCAUGUUUAAUUAGAAAAUGCUAUUAAAAUCUUUGUCUGUUCACAAUUAAAUCAACUACUAAUAAGCGAUUGAUUAAUCAUGACUACCUCCCUGAUAAAAUCAGAUAUGUUCAGCGGAAUGUUCGAAUCCUGCUGCCAGUAAUUAUUUAGUCUUUUGUCCGUUUCUUUUUGCCAUCAGAGAGCUGGAAGCACAGGCACUGCAUGCUAAUGAUGCAUGUUUGAGCUGAACUCCAGGACUGUCUGCGCUCGCCGCACAAUGCCAACAGGCUUUACUUUCCUCUUCUGCAGUGUUUGUUUAUGUUUUUGUACACCCCAAGGAACAUUUCUCUAUUUUUUUUGCUUUUGGGGGGGAGGGUGAAUAAAGGUCUGAAGAAUUGCAGUGAAAUGUUCUAUAUUUCAGCGUUAAUGCGCAGAGGAAAAGCUAAUGCAAAUCUCCAAGGGGGAGAGGGAAAGCAGAGGAGACGAGAGGGGCAGCCAGAGAUGCUGUACAAUAGGGAUGAUGUAGAGGGAAAAAUGGGUAAGUGCCAGGACAUUGUUACUGUUACAAUGAAAGCUUUCUGAUGUUUCUUAAUGACGCAGGAAGCUUUCCACUGCAAAACGCAAACUGCUUCAGCAGAGCUCAGAUACACGCGGCACACAUGAGCAUUCUGUAGAGUUACAUAGCAAACACACACACACACAAAUCAACUUACAUCUUGUAACUAUGUAUAAUGCAUGCUCACAUACAAAGAUAAACAAAGUCACGUCAUGUCAUGUUUUAAACACCUAAUUUGGUUGAGAUAUUUAUUGACACUGUUACCAAGAAUCCAUUUCAUUUUUUUUUCAGUUUCUAACUGCAGAACAAUGACGCAUUAAAUACAUAUGCACAAAAAAAAAAAAAAAUUGAUAAAUGGUAAUGAAGUACUUCAGGUUUUGACGCUCCCAUCCAUUUCAGCUCACCCAAGGCCAUCUGCGACGGUUCAGUAGGUCCUAAUCCAUUACCUGAUAAAUAGAUUUGAAAAAUUAAUUCCAAGCCAGACGUGGAGUUUCAGCUUUUCUUCCUCUACCAUACGUCUGUGUCUUACCCACAGGCACCGCUGGGGUAUACCCAUACAGCACACAGUCAUGACUCCAGACAGUCAGCACGUACACACAUAACGGGGCUAAGCAGAAAAAAAAACAAAAAACAAAAAAAACAAGCUAAUGCUCCCCAUCUGCCAAUUCUAGACUCCUAAUUUGAGUUUCUCUAUUUUGUUAGUGUGUGCGCAGACUGCAAAUGUUAAGAACAAAUAACUUUGUCAUGCUAAAAAGGCAGAAAGAGAGACUGGAAACAUCGCUAGUGAGUUAGCUACCCCGCAUGUACCCAGAUAGCGUGUGUGUUUGUGUGCAUCUAUAGCAGCACCUACUCCUCCACCUCCUCUAAACCCAUGUCAGCAUUACUGAUGUUCAGGCCAGCCCGGUCCCCAUUAAUUGUUAUUGUUCCAUGCUGUGUCACAUUAGCAGGCAGUCUUUAACCUCUGACCCGCAUUGUCCUGACUCUGUUUUUCUGCCAUUGCUCAUGUCAGAGGGGACACAGAAAGGGAAGGCAUGAUCAUUAACCUCUGUCAGGGAAACACACUUUUUCGUUUGUCUGACAAAGCCCGCUUGCGCCCCUAAUUGGAUUUAAUGUGAGCACCGAAGAAAGGAAGGUUUUUAUUUAAAUGGUCUGCAUUCUAUUCAUGCAGUUGGCUUGAGAGUACAGUGAGAGAAUGCAGAGAGAAAGUGAUAGAAAGCAAUAUCAGAAGUAGUCUGUGUUUCUUUUGUUGCUGCCACUUAAAGGCUUUCCAUAUAAACCAGGGGAUCCCUGCUGUCUCCUUCUCAUUCAUUUCCUGCAGAGAGCAUUGAUUUCUGUAGAGUGUAAAUAUGCGCUGCAUUGUUUGUUUUUUUUGGUAGUUGGUUUGUUGUUGAGUUUUUUUGUCUUAUUUGGAUUUUUGUUCUUUUUACUGUAUUCAGACCUAAAGCAUUUUUGUGGCGACCUGGUCCAAGCGCAAAAAUAUGGCUCUUCUUUGAGUAUAUUAUUGUCAGAAAAUGUUUUGUAAAAAUUUUGAUGAUGAUAUCAGAAAUAAACAUCUAAAGAUGGGA